UGGUUGGCUGGCUGGCUGGUUGGCACUCAGAAAACACAAAUGUGCGCCGUGUCGUGUUGGUUGGUCGCCUGUCUCGAGUACCUUAGCCUAGCUCGCCCGUCGUCGGUGCCGUCGCUCGUUUAGAGAUCCUGUGGGACUGCACGCUUAAUAGCCCUAAAUGGCCAGCACGGCCAAUAUGUUGGCCCACAUGGCUCCGAACAAUACCACGCCCGAAGAACUGGCGCGCCUCAUAGACGUCCAUUUAGGCGAUCUGCGCGAGCCGUCACCCAAUUGGACGCUGGCCGUCUCCCCGGUGUCCGGACGCGGGGUCUUUGCCACACGGCACAUUGCUGCCGGCGAGCUGAUCUUUAGGGAGCGUGCGCUCGUUGUUGGACCGACGGCCCGCAAAGGUUCCCCGAUGAACACCUGCGUCUGCUGCCAUCGUCUGCUGCCGGUGCAACAGUUUCUAUGCCCCCAUCGCUGCACACUGCCAGUGUGUCCGGGCUGCGCGGAGUCUCCGGCUCAUCGCGAUGAGUGCGCACACUUUCAACGGUGGCAGCCAAAGGAUCUGGAUGUCACAGAAGAGCAGCCCCAGCCCCAGCCCCAACAGCCUACGGAGUCUGUGAAUCCGCUCUCCCUGCGCAUUUUGACAGCAGUACGAGUAUUCUAUUUAAGCCCGGAACAGCGUGCUCUGGUGGACGCCAUGCAGGCGAAUGCGGAACGUGGCUAUCGCCAGGAGAUCAUUAAGGCCGCACAGUGCUUUCGCAAAUUUCCCACCACGGAUCGUGCCUUCAUGGAUCAGCUGUUUCGUAUUGUAGGCGUACUCAAUACGAACGCCUUCGAGGCACCUUGUCGAGUGGGCGAGCACGAGACUCUGCUCCGUGGUCUCUUCCCCUUGACCGCCAUCAUGAAUCACGAGUGCACACCCAAUGCCAGCCACUAUUUCGAUAACGGGCGACUGGCGGUGGUGCGGGCGGCUCGCGAUAUUCCCGAGGGUGCCGAGAUCACCACCACCUACACAAAAAUUCUGUGGAGCAAUCUCACCCGUGGCAUUUUCCUUAAGAUGACCAAGCACUUUAUGUGCGACUGUGCGCGCUGCAACGACAAUACUGAGAACGGUACAUAUCUGUCGGCGCUGUUUUGUCGCGAACAGGGCUGCAAGGGUAUCGUUAUUCCUGUGCAGACGAAGACGCUGCAGCCAGACUGGCGUUGCCUGAGCUGCGAGAAUGUGUUUCCGCACGCGAAGAUGGCGCGGUAUCAGGACUUUGCACUCAACACCAUCAACAAUCGGAUAAACUCGAGUAGCGUCCCGGAUAUGAUCCAUUUCAUCAACGAGCUCUGUCCGCGCUUCUGUCCACCAUCCAACUAUGUACUGAUCGAGGCCAAGUUGAAUGUCAUCUGGCGGAUGACGAGAUUUGGGGCUCCUGAAUAUACAGAAGAGGAGUUGGUGCACAGGGAUCGCUAUCGUGAAGAUAUAUUGGCCAUAUUGCAUAAGUUGGGUGCGGGGGAGUGUACGUUAAAGAAGCUCAUAACCGAGGAAAUACAGUGAGAGAUGGCCAGCCUAGUCUAUAUUUGUCUGCUCGUACUCGUAUGUCUAACUACCUGUCUAUCUACCUGUUUCUGUGUAUGUGAUCUACGUCUCUAAGAAGCUAAAAACCUAGGUUUGGACUAACACCUAAAACUUCAUAAAGAUAAAUGGAUAAUUAAAAUUUCUAUUCAUAGCGACUAAUUGAAUUUUUUCUAAUGUUUCUAAUUUAUGUUUUUGUAUGCUUUAUAUAGCGAUUGUGCGUGAGAGUACAUGCGUGUUCUAACUUUUGGGCAGUUUUCCCAGUUCUAUUGUUGUAGCUAGGAAAAAGUGCAGAUGUAUUUGUUUUUUUUUUGUAUGUACCUAAGAAAUAUUAUAGAAAUAAAAGAACACAAGAACCAUGU